AAUUAGCCGACUUAAUCCCAUGUAGUUCGGUUGAGGUAUACUUCUACUCGGUCUCGGAUUUCCUCAAGAGUUUGGCGGUGUAAGAAAAGUAUAAAACCAUAGCCAAGGAAUGCUUGGACAGCACAGUUAGCCUAAAUUCACAGACCCUUUUUUGAAAAACAGUCUAUUUUAACCAAAAUCACUCCAAGAAAGAAAGAGCCUUCGCAUUGAAAAGAAAAGAAAGGAAAUUUGGAAUCAACAAUGAGUGAAGGUCCAACUCCAAGACUCUUCAACAUGAAGAAUCCAAUAAAGGCAAAUAUUGCAGAACUUCUAAGGCAUCAGCAGAGAGCCAACUCUUACUUUUCUUCAUCAGGAGCAGCAGCAUGUAUAAAUCUCAAUGGAAAUAGGAAAGAAUCAUUAUCAGAUCCAACCACAUGGAAGGCUCGGACUCCAGCUAUGCCACCUCAGUCAACCCAAAAGUUUUUUGCUCGGCAUUGCAGGUCUAUCUGGUCUAUGCUCAUUGUUGGCAAUCUUGCUCUUUCAGCUUUCGUCUUUUUGACGGCAGAGAAGAAAGAUGCAGAAAGAGGAAGAAGUAAGAUGCACAUUGAUGCAACUCAAGUUUCAACUAUAGCUGCAAUUCCAGAGCUGUUUGGAACUUUCUAGUGGAUAUUGGAAAAGAAAAGGAGGGUCAAACGAAAAGACCUGAAGGAAAGAAGUGCAUUAUGAAGAGAAAGCUAUUCUCAAACGAAUUAUUUGAGCAAAAUCUGUCCCAAGAGUUAUUCAACACUUGUUCUCAAAUUUAGAGACUAAUACAAACGAUGUUUUAUUUUCAAUCUUAACCGGCAUGAAGUAGUUUAUUAUGUUGAAUGUUGAUGCAUUUUCCAA